AACUCUAUGUCAUUUGUCGAUCUUGAUUCUUGUUUAGGUUAUAAAGCAACUAUGAGUUAUUGUAGAAUUUGAAAUAAAAUAAACACAAGUAUAUUGUUUUUACCUUUCGAAUAAAUCCCAUUUUCUAAGAUGUCUACUAUUUCAUCGGCCCCAGCUCCUGGGAUGCACCAAAUUGAUCUAUCGAAGCUAAAUCUUCACCAGUUGGCCAAAUUGAAACAGCAAUUAGAUCAAGAACUUAAUGUGUUUCAAGAUUCAUUACAAACUCUUAAAAUGGCACAAGGAAAGUUUGUAGAAUCAGGUGAGAGCGUUGAAAAAAUUACACCGGAAUCGAAAGGAAAGACAGUCCUCGUACCUCUAACUGGUUCAAUGUACGUCCCUGGUACUAUUGCAGACACUGACAACGUUAUAAUUGACAUUGGAACUGGGUACUAUGCACAAAAGGAUAUAGAAGGUGCCAAGGAUUACUUUAAACGAAAAGUUGAUUUUGUAACUGAACAAAUGGAAAAAAUUCAAGUUUUGGGUAUUGAAAAAUCAAAAGUACGAGAAGCAAUUUGCAUGAUGAUGGAGAUGAAAGUUCAAGCACAAGCCCAGGCUCAAAAGGCCUCUACGUCAUAAUAUUAGCUUUUUAUAUUAUCUGCUUUACCUCAUAAUCCUUAAUUAAUCUUAAUUCAAACAAGUGCAAUGCAUGGCAUUUCUCCUCAAUCUUUAUUAUAAUUUAACCUUUUAAUUUGAUAUUAUAAUAAGCUUAGCA